GCAACCCAGGAUGACUACAACCUGUAAUGGUGCAUUUCCGUAUGAUAUUGAGGCAGCGUAUGUUUAUGACUGUAUCUCUCUGAUUCAAAGGAGAAUAUUUUACUAUUGAAAUCCCUGGGAAUUCUGUUGGGUUGCUUGCCUUUGUUCAAAGGAUCGUGAAUGCACAAGUUCACACAAACCACGACAGCAGCAGCAGCAACACGACGUCUCAAAAACACAGCAUUUACCCUCGGCCAUACAGGUGCCACUACGACGACGGCGACAACACCAAGAUCAAAGUCUCUGUCGCUAUCCGCCAUGUCGUCGAACUCUACGACAAAAGUCAAGGUGGCCAUCCUAGAUGAUUACGCUUCGAUCGCCCCGGACCAUUUCAAGGAUCUAGCAUCCAAGAUCGACAUCCAAUCGUUCCCGGAGACGCUCAACGCGCGGGUCCCGGCGGAGCACGACGCUCUCAUCAAGCGUCUCCGGCCCUUCACCGUCGUAUCGUCGAUGCGAGAACGCACGCAGUUCCCCAAGAGUGUCUUGUCGGCUCUGCCCAACCUCAAGGUCUUGUUGACGACGGGCAACCGUAACGCGGCCAUCGACAUGGCGGCGUGCGCCGAGCUGGGCGUCACCGUCGUCGGGACGGGUCCCAAACCCAACGCCGUCAAGGGGUACGACGCCACCAACGAGAUGACUUGGGCUUUGAUUCUGGCCGCGGCAAAGGACGUGGUCGGAGGGGACACCGUCGUCAAGGCGAGCCCCACGGGUUGGCAGACCACCCUCGUCGCCGGACUGGCCGGCAAGACCCUCGGGUUGUUGGGACUGGGCAAGUUGGGAACCCAGGCCGCCGCGACGGGCGCGUUGGGGUUCGGCAUGAAGGUGCUCGCGUGGAGCAACAGUCUCACACAGGAGAAGGCGGACGAGGCCGCCAAGUCCCGCGGCCUCCCGGCCGGGACUUUCCAAGUCGCCACGUCCAAACGGGACCUCUUUGAGCGGGCCGACGUGUUGAGCGUCCAUUACGUCCUGAGCGAGAGGUCCAGGGGCAUAGUGGGGGCGGACGACUUGGCCGCGAUGAAGAAGAGCGCCGUGCUGGUCAACACGUCGAGGGGACCGUUGGUCGACGAGUCGGCCCUGGUCGGGGCUUUGGAGAGGGGGGCCAUCAGGGCCGCCGGGCUGGACGUCUUCGACACGGAACCGUUGCCCGAGGACAGCCCGUGGAGGAAGCCUUCCAACCACUGGGGGACCAACGGGAGGAGCAGGGUGGUCAUCAGCCCUCACAUGGGUUACGUCGAGGAGGAGACCAUGCACGGGUGGUACGAACAGCAGACGGAGGCGUUGAGGACGUGGUUGGAAGGAGGUGAGAUGAAGGGUAUCAUUCGAUAAGACGGGCACGUCAAUGUCGGAGAGGAAACAUCUAUCCCCCCUUGUAGAAGAAAGAUGAGAGAGAAAAAGACGCAGUGGGAAUUUGAUGUGGAUUUAGGGAUCCUCCCGUAUGCUCUACCUAGGUAUACUCCGUAUAUAUUGUUUUGUGUUUCUACCUCGUUCCG